AACAAAUGAGUGCACUUCACCUUGAUCACUGGGCAUGAAAAUGAAGGUCUUUCACAGAAGCCUUGUGCAUUUUCUGACUUUGGUGUGCGGAAAGUUUUGUUGCAAGUGUAAUGACUGGGAAAUAGCAGCUAGAUCUGCAUCUUCCACGAAUAGCCAUUGGUGCUUGAGAUACGUGACUUGAUUAUUCUUAAAACAAAUAAAAUAUUAAGUAAUCAAAGGUAGCAAUAGACAUUUUUAUCACAACCUAUUUAAAACAAUAUGGAGCUUGAAAGAAUACAUAGAAAACUUUUGAUAGACAUAUCUAAUCACAUGAUGGUUGAUAGCAUGGAAUAUGGUAACUUCAUUGAGUGUAUGAAAAUAUAUGUUCCAAAAGGAACAUUGGCUGAGAAAAAGACUUUGUUAGACAAAUUUGAGGCUCUGGAGAGUAAAGGACACUUAAAACCAGGGCAGUAUGAGAAUCUUAAAGAUAUCUGCAUCUCAAGUGGUAAUCAUGAUAUUGUGGAUAUUAUACAGGAGGCUGAAAGGAAGAUAAAAGAAAUACUGCCAGGUCAAGGUGCUCAUACCAAAAUAAUAUGUGAAGAUGAUGAGGUCCCAGCAAAGAAACCGAAAUUGGAUUUUAAUGCAUUUAGGAAUGACCUGGUAGAGAAGUAUCGAGAAUACUUUAUCAAGACAGAAUUUAUUCCCUGGAAGCCGGAGGAAGGUCUGGUGGAUAUUGAUGAUGUUUACUCUCCGGUUUAUAUGCAAAGAAGGGUAAAAAGCUCAGGAGAAAAGAACAUUCAACAAAGAAACAAUUAUAUUGAGAAACAAGAACAAAAUGAGAGCAAAAGUACAGGCAAACAAAAGACUAACAAACAUACAAACAAACUGAAAUUGAAAAUACCUAACAACAAACAAAGAAAAAACAAACAAAAAUACAAGCCUAUCUCAUAUAUCCAUGAACUCUUCUAUUACAAUAACAAAUCUUAUAAAAAGAUUCUGAUAAAAGCAGAUUCUGGAGCAGGUAAAACUACUUUGUGUAGGAAAUUAAUUUCUCUGUGGUGUCAACAGUCAGAAGAUAGAUUGGAAACUGGAGCUUGUGCAGCAGCAGAAGAGUUAAAGGAAUUUAUUUACGUUACUGAUGAAGAUAUGAAUACAGAGGGUGAAAGCAUGGAAGCUUUGAUGUUUGACUUUCUAUUUUAUGUGUCACUUAGACAUGCAAAGCAAGAAGAGUAUAUAGAAGAUAUGAUUGUCAGGCAACUUCAAAUCAAGGAAGAAGAUUUACAACAGAUCCUAGACACAAAAAACUGUCUUGUUAUAGUUGAUGGUUUAGAUGAAUGGUCACCUCACCGACAUGUUCAUUACGGUCCUAUGGAUAUAAAAGGUUGCCCAAAAGAGAAACGUGUUGGUAAGUUUUAUUCUGUGUUUACAACCAGACCAUGGAAGCUUGUGGAUGAAGCAAGGGAUGCUGAUAAGCUUGAAUUGCAGUGUCAACUGAAAGGAGUUCAAACCUACGAAGAAAUGAUUACAUUAUAUGCACAACUGAUAAAAGCCAGAAAAGAAUUUUCCACAAAAAAAUUCCUUGAGGAUGUGGGCUACAAGACCCAGUUUCUGUCAACGCCACUCCUUCUAAAAUUAGUCAUGUUACUAUGGGCUGAGAGUGGUGAAUUAGAAGAAUCAGAUUGCAGGUUGUAUGGUCGAGUAGUUGAAUUGCUGAUUAAGAGUGGACUUGAAAGAAAUGUUAAUGAUUGUGAAUUUACGAGAAAAGUAAAUGAGAUCCAUCUAUAUGAGGAGGUACCUUUAUGCUUUAACAAAUCUGAUGAUUUUUCUCACCUAUCAAAAUACUUCUCUGCAAUUAAACAGGUUGCAAAAGUGUCAUUUGAAACUCUACUCAAAGGGACUUUGUUAUUGAAGGAUACAGAUGUCCAGAUAUAUACAGAAAAAUUUAACAUAGACUUGCUCUUUUUGAGAAAGUUGGGAUUGUUUUCUCAAAGUCCACAUAUAGGAGGUUCAUUCAUAGAUAGAGAGAGCAAAGUUACUUUUAUCCACAAAUCUUUUCAAGAGUUUUAUGCGGCAGUCCAUAUUGUUUCAAAUCCAGAAGAUUGUUAUAGGAUUCUCAAGGAAAAGUGGUCAAAAUCGGAGACUGAAAGUACCAAUGCAAGAGCUGUAGUUUUGUCUGGUGUCUUCAAAUUCGUCAGUGGCAUGGAUCCAAGUGCUAUGCCAAAGAUGUACAAGUUAAUCUUUAUGUAUAUAUUUGAUGACAUCAAUGCUGCCAUGCUAGACGUAUACCAGUGUCACACUGAUAAGUGUGAAAAGUUUAAAAUCCAUUUUAGGGAAAGAUAUGGUUGUAUUGUGAAACAAAACCUGGCCUCCAAUGCCUGUAGGAAUAGAACUUGUGGUUGGCUACCUUUGGAAGUAUAUCCCAUUGACAUACUGUUAGAAACUUUUAAUGAACAUAUUAGAGAAAAUAUUACUGAAAUUUUAAAAUGUGGACAUUCUGACUUCGAAAUACAUAUAACUGACUUGUCUUUAUGUUUCCAUGAAAUAGUUUCUAGCCAACAGUGUAGUGAGACGCUUGAUAUGUUCAAAGUCUUGAAGUAUAUAAGUCCAUCAUCUCUGAAAACACUGGUUCUACAGUAUAAAACAGAAUCUGACCUAGAAUCGUCGCGGGAAUAUGACGUAGAUGAAUUAUAUGACAUGGAUGGUGACAUACUACCAGUUUGCUUUAAUCUAUGGUCUGGUGAAUGCUCAAAUCUGAUAGAAGUGAAACUGAUAAAUAUAAGCCUUACAUAUAAACAGAUGGAAAGGGUUCUAAUGAUACAUCCAUCAAAACUUGAGAUUAUCAUUCUUGAUAAUGUUGAAUGUUGCUCUCACAAAACAGUCUCCGAAAUGUGUACAAAUAUUAAGAAAGGUAAAAGUUUAGAAAAGUUUGGCUUUUCAGAAAUGCAAAUCAAUGAAAUAAUCAGAGGUGAACACUUUGAACAUGUAGGUUUUUCAGAAAUUAAACUGUCUACAACUUUUGUCAUGCUAAAAGAAUUAACAUUGGAAUAUAUUGAUGGAGUAUUAACACACUCACAGAUAACACAUAUGAUGACAGAUUCUCCCAGCCUUCAGAGUGUUUCCUUUGCCAAGGUUUACUGUAAGGAAGAUGGGUAUUGUGGAUGUUUGGAAGCUGUCAAUGAUGAAGAGAUUGACGAUGCUUUUUGUAAAAACACAUCAACUGCUUCGUCAGUUAAACAGCUAAGAAUUGAGUAUAGUAGUGGCAUUGUGUGUCAUACAAACAGUUAUCCCAAGUUGAAAGAAUUAACAUUGGAAGAUAUUGAUGGAGAAUUAACACACUCACAGAUAACACAUAUGCUGACAGAUUCUCCCAGCCUACAGAGUGUUUCCCUUGUCAAUGUUCACUGUAAGGAAGAUGGGUAUUGUGGAUGUUUGGAAGCUGUCAAUGAUGAAGAGAUUGACGAUGCUUUUUGUAAAAACACAUCAACUGCUUCGUCAGUUAAACAGCUAAGCAUUGAGUAUAGUAGUGGCAUUGUGUGUCAUACAAACAGUUAUCCUCAGCUUGAAGAAUUUUAUUUAAAUACUUCAGAUAUUAAAAAGGUCGUAUUACCUUCACAAAUACUGUCUCAUCUUACAAACUUUGCCAAACUUCAAAAUGUUAACAUGUUGAAUAGGUCACAGACAACUAACAACGGCUCAAGUAAUAUUGGAGAUAAUGGUGAAGGUAGGUCAGAGUUACAGGUUUGUUGCUUAAAACAGAAAUUGAAGUUGUCGAGUGCUACUGAUGUGAGUAUUUGCAGCAGACUGAAUGCACUACGUGUUGUUAACCUUUACAACAUAGAGAUUGGUCAUUCACAUAUCACAUUGAUACUUACUUUACCCUUUCUUGAUGCUUACCUUUCUAACGUAGUCUGCACAGCUGACAAUAUGUGUGGGUGCUACGCCCAGUCUGGUACUUCAGAUUUAUCUUUGGCUCUAAAUCCUGAACCAAAAUGUGUUGAAUCUAGACUAAAAGAAUUGACCCUUUGUGGAGGAAAGGAAAUUUUUAAACAUGUUAGUAAGUUGUUGGAAUUAAGGACAGUGUGUUUUAAAGGUAUAGAGGAAAUUGAUAAUGUUUUUCUAACAGGCCAAAGUCUUGAAAAAGUGGAGCUUCUUGAAAAAGAAAAAACAGGUGAUUAUGUUGACUUGAUUCUGGAAGAUCCAACAGAAUCGUGUUGUAAGAUUUCUCAAGAAUUUUUGUUAAGAUUUUUAGACAGUAUUUCAAAUAGUUGUCUGGUUGAACUAAAUAAAAUUAAUUUGACUACAGGAGAUGCAGACUGUGUCUAUGAGACAUUGUGUAAAAUGAGAACUCUUGAAGUACAGGAAUUCACAAAAUGGAAGUUGCUAGAACCAACAGCUUAUCAGGUUGAGGUUGAACCAGGCGUGUUUGUUAGAAGUUUCGCUUUUGUUAAAACAUCUUCAAAAACAAAAAUUGUCUCAUUGAUAAUUCAGAAGAAACAGCAGGAUAUGAAGGACAAAGAUGAAUCUGACUCAAGAUAAUUUGAAUUACAAACCACGUACACAAAUGCUAGAAAUGACGUAAGCGAUACAAAUGCUAUGGCUGCUGUUUACUUACGGUCCACAUAAGUUGUAUUUUCGAUGCAAAUGACGGGAAUUUUGGACUAAAAGUGAUUAAAGUUGUAAUAGAUUUAUUUGCUUAAUGAAAAUCGGACCUAAAAUGGAUUUAAAUAGUUCUAAGGAGGACAACCAUGAGAGUGGUGAAAGUGAGGCAUCAAACAUGGCGGACAGUGGCCAACGAAACAACAGUGAAACAAAUAACAUUCCGCUCGUGUUCAUGUCGGAAAGAUCUGUUUUCGGAAAUAGAAAGCCCACUCGGGAGGAAUGGAUUACACAUGUGAGUUUGUAUUGUGCGAUUAGCCAAAGAAUUGACCCAUCUCAUAUAAAAGGACUUCAGCGCAUACGUGGUAUGUGGCGGGUAUAUUUAGACAAUCUUGACGACAAAGUAACCUUGUUAGCUCAGGGGGUUCCUUUAAGGGGAAAGAUUAUCCCAGUGUUGUCAAAUAAUCCAGACCGAUUGGACGGUGAAAAUGCAAUUAGGAUUCGUGUGCAGAACAUUCCGCUCUCGGUCGAUGAUGGAACCAUCACGAGAGUUUUGAUUCUUAAAAACGUUAAUAUAAUAUCAAGUUAUCGUGAAAUGCUCCGUGUGAACGGCAAAUUGACUAAUUGCGCAACAGGAGACCGGAUAAUUCUGGCUAAGGCUUCUUCCCUUCAGGAGCCCCUACCUAGCAUUAUGCAGUUCGGACACUUCACGGGUCGCGUGAUACACCUGGGACAGACAAAAGGCAAUGACAGGCCAAAGGAAUGUACAAAAUGUUUCAUGUCCGGGCACGUGUUUGCUAGCUGCCCUAAUGACUGGGUGUGUGCGACGUGUAAACGUUCUGGACAUAAGCAGAACGAAUGUGAUCGCUUCUCCAGAGAUACCAACGAAACUGAAACCGAGUCAGACGUCAAUGGGGACGAAGACGAGACUAGUAAAGGGGGUCAGUUUUCCGACUCAGAUGAGGCGGACGUAGACACUACGAUAAAAUGUGCACAGCCUGAUCACUCUACACCAAAGUCUAGUCGUGCUGACUCGACCGUAAACGCGAACAGUGAAAAUUCGUCUGCUAAAGGCACGUGGAUUCAACAAACGCUGCACAAGUUUGCAAAUAGCGGGAGUAGCGAAACUCCGAACCGAGGCAAACAGCCAAUCGUCAGCGAGCGGUCACCACCGACGCCACCCGAAGAAUUACACGAUAAUCAACGAGUGAACACGAAGCGAGGAAAAAAAGAGACGUUAAUCCUUUCUAUAGUAUACUACAGUAACUACUAAAUUAUACUGAUUGAUAUUACACUUUACGGACAAUGAGUUUGAAUUGCCAUUUUGUACUACAACGGGGUUAUUUGAUUAAAAAAAAUAAUAAAAUGGUUAUGACAGAACCACUAGAAUAAAUAAACACAAGUUACUUGUGAAUAAUGACAGGUAAAUUAAUAGGCACACCUUUUAACUCUCCUUUACUGUGUAAAGGAAAUUAUACAGGUGCUUUUGUACAUACUUGAACAAAUUUGUUGAGUUUUGUCUUUUGUUUCGUUUCGUAAGAGUAAACCUAUACACAUAUUUGUUUACUGUGGUAUGUACUUUGCUGAUCGAAACAUUAUCUUAUUGUGUAGUGUUUGUUAAAGAUAAUGAAAAUAUAUACAACAAUAUGAUCGAAACAUUAUCUUAUUGUGUAGUGUUUGUAACUCGUAAGAAUAAUUUGUCAUUGAACUUAAGAGUAUACAUAAAUUGUAAAAUGUAGAUAACACUUACACAAAACAUUUGCUAACUUUAAAGUUUAAGAGAUGCGUACAUGCGUACUUUUGAAUUAGUAAUAUGUGCAUAUACCCUUUAUUAUUUUUAAAGUAAUAUUUUGCUAUAUGAAUACUCUCAUACGCAUAAAGAAUUUUGCAGAUGUUUUCGUACAUGCGUGAAUAUUUUUGUGAAGUUUUUGUCUUUUGUCUGUACUUCGCUGAUUGAAACAUUAUUUUAUUGUUAUUCAGUAGUUAAUAUACAUUGAAAAUGUUGUUUUUUUCAUAAGCAAUAAUUAGUCUAUUUAAAAAAAUCAACAAGAAAGAUGAAAAUUAUUUCAAUUGUGUAUACAUAAUACACUACAAAAUCUUGAUCGAUAAUGUACAUGUAUUUGACUAAUGUAAUGCAAUUCGUAGAUAACGCAUAAUAUCUGUUAACUUUAAUCGGUAAUGGAGUUUUAAAAAAACAACAACAAAAGAGAUGCGUUGCACUUUAAAUUUAAUAACAGGUGCAUAAACCCUUUAUUGUUUUUUAAUAAUAACAUUUUGCGAUAUGAAUACUGUCAUACGUAUGAAACAUUUCGGAUUUAUACAUUUUCAAUAUUGGUAAAAUAUAUUAAUAACCUAAUCAUUUAUUAUGGCAAAAUCAAACUGUAGCUUUUCUCAGAACCAUUUUGCUUCGUUGAAUGUACAGGGUUUAAAAGAUAGAAAUAAAAGAUACAGAGUAAUGGAAUGGCUGAAUCAACAAAAGGUACAAUUCGUUUUCUUCCAAGAAACACAUUUUGUAAAAGAAAUGAAACAAGAGUUAUCUUUACAAUUUACAGACUGGGAUUGCUUUCAUUCAUUUGGAAUCUCAAAUAGUCGAGGUUGUUCGAUCUUUAUUUAAAAAAAAGUAAACUAUAAAUUAAUUCAUGAACUUUAUGAUGCCGACGGAAGAUAUAUAAUCCUUAACAUUGAAAUGAAUGAUAAUACUUACACUUUAAUUGACAUCUAUGUCCCCAAUGAUCAAAAGAAUAGAAAUGCUUAUUUCAAUAAACUAAACGGCCUUAUAACAGAAAAUAGUCAAGGGCUGAAACUAAUAGCAGGAGACUUUAACGAUAUUUUUCUAAACAAGAUAGAAUUUGCAAAACGCAUACAACAAAUACUAAAUUCCCUGUGUCAAACUUGAAGAAACUUACUAAAAUACACAGUUUAGUAGAUAUUUGGAGACAAAUAAAUGGACCAAAAGAACAAUUUACUUGGCGGCGUAAAAACGGAAUCGAAAAAAGUAGGAUUGAUAUCUGGUUAAUAGAUGAAAAUAUUAUACCACUAGUCCUCUCAGCUGAUAUUAGACCCGCACAAAUCCAGUAUACUGAUCAUCUUGCUAUUUCCUUGAAACUCAAGAUACCGAGCACCCGUGGUCCCGGUUUUUGGAAAUUCAAGAACUCUUUACUUGAAAAUGAUAAAUAUGUUUUCUAUAUUUCAAAAGUUAUUUCAAACUUUAUGAAGUCUGACAUUAAGAAUAAACAAACCAAAUGGGAACUAUGUAAACUAGAAAUCAAAGAGCAAACAAUCUUUUUCUCUAGAAAAGCAGCACAUGACCGAAAAACUCGUCUUUCUGAAUUAGAAGAAGAAUUAAGUACCUUGAUACAGCAGAAAACCAAUGAUAUAAACAAACACAAAAUUGUUCAAAUUGAACAAGAAAUAGAAGAAAUUUAUAACUUUAGAGCACGUGGAGCACAAAUUCGUUCGAGAGUAAAUAUUUUAGAACAAGGUGAAAAAAAUUCUAAAUAUUUUUUUAGUUUAGAAAAAUCACGCCAAACUAGAAAGGUUAUAAAUUCACUUUUUACAAAUAACGAAAGAAUUACAAACAAAGAUGAAAUCUUAAAGGAAGAGGUUAAGUUUUAUAAAAAACUAUAUACUCGUAGCUCAGAUGAAAGUAACUUGAAUAUUCGGACAUAUCUGGACUCCAUAAUAUUAGAAAAUAAAUUAACACCCAAUCUUGCAAAUGUCUGUCAAGGAGUACUUACUUAUGAUGAAUGCACUCAAGCUAUCAAUGAAAUGAAUCUUAAUAAAAGUCCAGGUUUAGACGGAUUAACCGUUGAAUUUUAUAGGAAUUUUUGUGAUCUUAUAGGGAAUUUAGUAAUAAAUUCUUUGAAUUAUAGUUAUAGAAAUGGAGAAUUAUCAAUAUCUCAGAAACAAAGUGUAUUUUCAUUGAUCUAUAAAAAAGGUGACCCGGAGAAUAUUGAAAACUGGAGGCCUGUAUCUCUUUUAAAUGUAGAUCUUAAACUUUCGGCAAGAGUUUUAGCCAAACGUUUACAAAUCGUAAUCCCGAAAAUAGUGAGUCUAGAUCAACAAGGCUAUAUUAAAAAUAGAUACAUUGGCUACAAUAUUAGACAAAUCCAAGAUAUAAUAGACCAUACUGAUAAAUUAGAUAUCGAUGGAACAAUUCUAUUUCUAGAUUUCAGAAAGGCCUUUGAUACGGUUGAUUGGGUUUUUAUGUGUUUAAAACUUUAGAAAAAUUUGGCUUUCAGGAAUCAUUUUUAAGAUGGGUUAAAGUAUUUUAUACUAAUAUAUCUGCAUGUGUCACCAACAAUGGAUGGAUUUCCGACUUUUUUUCUAUAACACAAGGCAUAAGACAAGGAUGUCCAUUAUCAGCUCUUCUUUUUAUCAUAGUAGUCGAAAUAUUAGCAAUAAAAAUACGAUCAAACCAAGACAUUAAUGGAAUAACUGUAAAAACUGAUGUAUCUAACCAAAUAAAAUUGACACAACUAGCGGAUGAUACCACCCUUUUUCUAAAAAAUCACAAUGAAAUUCCUAUUGCAAUCGCCGAGAUUGAAGAAUUUGGCAAAUAUUCAGGUUUGAAAUUAAAUAAAAGAAAGACAGAAGGUCUAUGGAUAGGAAAUCAGAAGAAAAAUAUAUGCACACAUAUUUAUGAUAUAAAUUUUACAAACAAUUAUGUGAAAGCUUUGGGAAUGUACUUUGGUAACAAAAAAGACGAAUGUAAUAACCUUAACUGGAAUGAAAAAAUUCUGCAAUGCCAAAAACUUCUCUCAAACUGGAGCAAAAGAAAUUUAACAUUUUAUGGGAAAAUUCUUGUAUUGAAAUCUUUAGCUUUACCAAAGUUCACAUAUUUAUUGCAAAAUUUAGAAGUACCUAAAGAUAUCAUUAACCAGAUUAACGCCAUAUUUUUUAGGUUUCUCUGGAAUGGUAAAAAUGAUAAAAUUACACGUUCAAUUACAAUUAGCCAUAAAAGUGAUGGAGGCCUUGAUAUGGUAGAUAUUGAUUCUUUUUCUAAAACAAUGAAAAUUAAAUGGGUAAAAAAUUUAACUUCUGCUGAAAACACGAAUUGGAAGGUUAUCCCUUCUUUUUUCCUAAAUCAAUAUGGAAGGAAUUUCUUAGUAUUUAGGAUGAAUUAAGAUUCUAUUAAAUCACUACCACAGUCAGAACUUGUAUUACCUGCCUUUUAUAAAAAUGUACUACAAAUAUGGAUAGAGUUCAACAGAUCUCUCCACAACAAUAGUAAACUAGAAACUUUUGAUAAAAUAAGACAACAGUUAAUAUGGGGUAAUAGCUUCAUUAAGCAUAAAGGAAAAUGUAUUAUAUUCAAAAAGUGGAUAGAUUCUAAUAUACUUUUUGUUAAUGAUUUAUUGUCAGAGAAAGGUGAACUUGAUAUAACUCAAAUACUCAAUAGUCUCAAGGUAAAAAAUAACUGGAUAUCAGAAAUAAAUAUACUGAAAAACGCAAUUCCAAAGGAAUGGAAAAUAAUUUUAAAAUCAAAAGACUCUUAUUUGACUAAAGUUAGAACAAAUUUAACCUUCCCUGAUGUAAAAAGGAAACCUUUUACUGACGUUACCAAUAAGGAUAUAUACAUGGUACUUGUUAGCAAGAAAAUUAAAUCACCGUCUAUUCAUAGGUAUUGGGAAACACAAAUUGGUCAUCAAAUAAAUUGGAAUGCAUUUUACUAUUUUUUAAACAAAAUUAUUCCUGACAAUAAAAUCAAACAGCUAAAGUAUAAAUUGAUUCAUCGUAUUGUUGCUACAAACUUGAAUCUUUUUACUUGGAAAAUAAUAGAUAGUCCGAACUGCCAUCAUUGUAAUUGCAUUGAAGACAGUUGUCAUUUCUUCAUUAAUUGCAGUUAUUUAUCAGAUUUCUGGAAGAUCGUUCAUGAAGCACUUAGUAAGUGUGGUUUAAAUAAAUCGGUGAUAAAUAUGAAUAACAUAGUAAUUGGUUACAAAAUUGAUUAUAAAGAAUACCAGGAUAUUAAUAUUUUACUCAGUAUAAUAACAUACUGUAUUUACAAGACGUAUCUCUUCAGCGAACGAAGAAAGAAAUUUAUUAAUAUGAUCGAAAUAUUGAUAUAUUAACUGUGGUUAAAUAUUUGUCAAGAAAUAAAGAUUAUAAGUUACUAUUUCUUAAUAAAUUUCUGAAUGCAUUAGAAUACUAUUGCUAAAGAAAUUAUAUGUAAUGCUUAUCACUUUGUUUGAAACAUAAAACAUCUUCUAUAUUACUAAUCUUACACAUUUGUAUGUUAUAUUGUGAACUUCACUUGUGUAAUAUUGUGGACUUUGUCAAUAAACAUGCUGUUUUAUGAAUAAAUUUGAAAAAGAAAAAAAAAA